UCGUCUUUUUAUUCACCAGCACAUCAUUCAACUGUUACACAAUCCAGCCCCUCCUUCCAGAACGACAAACCGAUAGAAAAACAAUAAAGAAAAAUAAAAUAAAUUAAAAAAAAAAAACAAAAUAAAAAGCAAAGGAAAAUCAGAGAAACGCCCAGAAAAGCCUAGCCUGAUUAUCUGACCAGAUUCUCCGAAACCUAAUCUCUCUGGUUUGCUCGCGCUGGAAGAUUUUGAGGCUCUGCUAAAUGAUCAUUGUUGAAGACCCUCCGAUCAAUACAACAAAAAAGAAGUUGCAGACUUUGAGCGUGUUCUGUGUUUUUUAGUUUGGGUUUUUUAUGAUUGUUCCGUGUGGCUCCUUUAUUGUCCAGAGUUUUGGUUUUUCUUUGUUCGAUUAAAGCCCAGAAUGGUGCUAUACUUUGUUCGAUUUUAAGUUUAGUUGCUUUUUUUUUUUUUUGGGUUCGAUGUUGUUAUAGUCUUUUUUUUUUUUUUUUGUUCUCUUUUUGUAGCUUUGGGAUUUUUCCCAGUACUGUAUAAUUGAUAUUUACAUCAUUGUUAGUCUUUUUUUUUUUUUUUAAUUAUUUAUUUGUUUCUGGUUUGAAUUUAUUGAAAAAAAAAAGGGGAAAAAAAAAAAAACAGAACAAAGAAAAGGCCAGUAAAACAUUACUGUAUACUAAAAAAAAAAAAAAAAAAUUGUUGGUAACGGCCCCAGACUGUGAAAAAUAUUCAAAAGAAUAAAUUUUUUUUUAUAAUUCUGCCAAUUUCUAUUAAUGGGGAGUCCCGGAUUAGGCAACCGGAAUAACGGACAGAGGUUAGGCAUUACAGAACCAAUUUCUUUGGGUGGACCAACAGAGUACGAUGUGAUGAAGACCCGAGAACUUGAAAAGUAUUUGCAGGAUGUUGGUCUGUAUGAGAGUCAAGAAGAGGCUGUCAGGAGAGAGGAGGUGCUUGGCAGACUAGAUCAGAUUGUGAAGACAUGGGUGAAAACAAUUAGCCGGGCAAAGGGUAUGAAUGAGCAACUGGUGCAACAAGCAAAUGCAAAGAUAUUUACUUUUGGUUCCUAUCGGUUAGGGGUGCAUGGCCCUGGAGCAGAUAUAGACACACUCUGUGUUGGACCUAGACAUGCCACACGAGAAGAAGAUUUCUUUGGUGAGCUAUAUAAAAUGCUGUCGGAGAUGCCUGAAGUAACAGAGUUACACCCAGUACCUGAUGCUUAUGUCCCAAUUUUAUCAUUCAAGUUUGGUGGGGUUUCAAUAGAUCUUCUUUAUGCAAAACUAUCACAUUAUGUUAUUCCUGAAGACUUAGACAUAUCACAGGACUCAGUCUUACAACAUGCAGAUGAACAAACUGUUCGUAGUCUCAAUGGUUGUAGAGUUACUGAUCAAAUUUUACGUUUAGUUCCAAAUAUUCAGAAUUUCCGCACUACCUUGAGAUGCAUGAGAUUUUGGGCAAAGCGCCGUGGUGUUUAUUCUAAUGUUGCAGGGUUUCUUGGUGGUAUAAAUUGGGCGUUGCUUGUUGCUCGCAUAUGCCAGUUAUACCCCAAUGCACUUCCCAAUAUGUUAGUGUCUCGGUUCUUCAGGGUUUAUACUCAAUGGCGUUGGCCAAAUCCAGUCAUGCUUUGUGCAAUUGAAGACGGAUCUCUUGGACUUCAAGUUUGGGAUCCUAGAAGAAAUCCGAAGGACAGGUAUCAUAGGAUGCCUAUAAUUACUCCAGCUUAUCCUUGUAUGAACUCUAGCUACAAUGUCUCAACAAGUACUUUACGGAUCAUGUCAGAGGAGUUUCAAAGAGGGAGUGAAAUUUGUGAGGCUAUGGAGACAAAUAAAGCUGAUUGGGAUACUCUUUUUGAGCCUUUUGCCUUUUUUGAAGCGUAUAAGAAUUAUUUACAGAUAGAAGUAAGUGCAGAAAUUGCUGAUGACUUGAGAAAAUGGAAAGGUUGGGUUGAGUCUCGACUCCGUCAGCUGACACUUAAGAUGGAGAGGUUUAGUGACAAGCUGCAGUGUCACCCACACCCAGGUGACUUUUCAGAUAAGUCCAGACCUUUCCAUUGCUGUUACUUUAUGGGUUUGCAGCGAAAGCAAGGAGUACGAGUGAAUGAGGGGGAGCAGUUUGAUAUAAGGCCGACUGUUGACGAUUUUAAGCACUCUGUCAACCUGUAUACAUUAUGGAAGCCUGGAAUGGAGAUACGUGUAUCCCAUGUAAAGCGAAGGAACAUACCUAAUUUUGUAUUUCCUGGUGGCGUUCGACCUGCCCGCUCAUCCAAAGUAACUUGGGAUGUUAGGCAGGUUUCAGACCUGAAGGUAUCUAGCCAUGCACAACCAGAUAGGUCAUGUGAAAGUAAAACAGUUUCAAAUGGAGCAGAUGAUGGGCGAAAGAGAAAGCGAGUGGAGGAUGAUGUAGAUACUAAUUCAAGAAAUGUCAAGCCUGUAGUGCCCUCAAGUGGGGAAGUUCGUGUGGCAAGCCCUCAAAUCAGCACUGUCAGUUCAUCUUCCGUCAAAUAUGAGAAUAUGGAUGCCAACAAGUCGGUGGAGUUGCAAAGAGAAAAAUCAGUUAACAGCAUACCAGAAAACUUAACAAAGUUGGAAAAUCCAGCAAACAUUCAGAAUGGUGAAACUGAAGUAUCAUCGAGAUGUGAUCUACCACCAACCAAAUCUCCUCCUGCAGCUGUUGCUGAUGCAUCAAGCUCUAAAGAAGCAGAGAAGCUGGCAAUUGAGAAGAUCAUGUCUGGUCCAUACAUUAACCAUCAAACAUUUCCUGAAGAGCUGGAUGAGCUUGAAGAUGAUUUUGAUAACAGUAAUCAGGUCAAACAUUGUGUGGGAAACAUGAAAGACAGCCACAUUGAGUCUUCAAAGCCAUCAGUAGCAAUACCUGUAACUUCUAAUGCUGGAACUGGGCCUUCCACUGGUUUAUACUUGAAUGGGAGCUUAGAGGAGCUUGAGCCUGCUGAACUGAUGCCACUAGCAUCGAGCCAAACCUCUUCUGCACCUGUGGUACAGCGGAAGCCAAUCAUCAGGUUAAACUUGACCUCCUUGGCCAAAGCUACGGGCAAAAGCUCAUGAGUGGAAGUUCAAUUUUUCUCAUCUAAAAUAAGAAAUUUUAUUUUCCAUUAAACAAUUUUUGAGCUUUGUUGUAAUACUUAUGGCCAAUAAUAGACGUUGAAUUACCAAAGCCACGUUUUAUGUACAUGAGAAUGUUAAUUAUUAGAGAAAGUAAAAGAGAAAUAUGGGAAGCCCGUUGGCUGAUGUUUA